UUUACCUCAUUGUACUCUUGAGAGCAAGAUGGGUUACCAGCAGCUCUACUGGAGCCACCCACAAAAAUUCAGCCAGGGUUCUUGCUCUUGUCAUAUCUGCUCAAACCAGCACAGUCUGAUCUGGAAAUAUGGCCUCAAUAUAUACCACCAGCCUUUCCAGCAGUACACAAAGGAUAUAUGUUUCAUUAAACUAGACUAAGUGAUCGCUUUUGAAUGGAUUAUCCAAGGCAUGCACCCAAUUAA